CCGAGGGCACGGGCUCGCCAUUUCUUUCAUUUGUGCAGCAUAUUCAGCUCUCAGCCUUCAGGUGGCUAACCUGAGCUCUCAGGGUCAUUUGUAUAAAAAAUAUUUACUCGACUGAUGAGCUGUGCUUUGCUCCUUGAUUCCCUGUCAGCUGAGAGGAGUUUCUACGGGGGCUUUAGGAAAUACCACAGUGCAUUUUUAGCUUCUCAGGGACUGCACUGAUCUGUUUUUCUCCAGGAGAAUCGGGACUGUGGCUUUUGCUGGAAGAAGUGGAUAUAAGAGAGGAGCAAGAGCUGGUGCAAGGACUUUGAACACACUGCUUUAUCAGGUAGGAAAGCUUCAUAAUGUGUGCAACAAGAGUGUCAGAGCCAUGGUGUUGUUUUUUUCACAGUUAAGCUCCUUCUUGCGCGGUAAUAUUUGGGUCUAUAUAACAGUGAAUUUGUGUUGCUGUAGGAGAAAUAGACAUAGGCAAAUACCUUGAAGGAAUCUCAGAGUGUGGACCUCAGGCUAACGGUUCAGGCAAGGACUUUGUCAGGCACAACCACCACAAAUAAGAAGAUAUAAAGUAUAUUCCAAAAUCUGUGCUGCAUCCAAGUAAUGCUGAACAUUUAAUGCAAAUAGAGACAAAAACAAAAUAAAUAAUAUUUUCAUCAUUUUGAUGUGCACAAGUAUUGACUACUUUCAAUAAAUGAAUUAUCAUGGCAGCUGACUAUCAAAAACAAUUGUUACAAAGACUUUAUCCUCACACAGAGGAAAUGUUUGCUUGUGUGGUGGAUCUUCACCAAAAUUCAAAAGGUUUUGCUUGGUUCCAAAAAAAGUGAAUGAAAACCAAGGUUCUAGUAAUGCAGCUGAGAAGCAGAAAAAUAAACAGCAUCAAAGGCAUAACCUUGAGUUGAUCAAAAUAAUCAAUAGAAGUUUGUGUAAGAUGUCAGGACAAUAAAUGUUGCAUUUAUGGCUGAACUCCACGAAUACACCUAUUGCUUUGGAUUCACUGAGUGAACCAAUAAAAAGGCUGCUUUAAAGGGUCGAUAAAUUCCAUAGUUGCUUAUCUGUGCAAUUUCCAGUGUCUGUUAUUGCUGUGUCAGGUGAGAAUAAAUGGCAAGCAUUUAAAACUUAGACUCUAAAGACCACCGGUAUGUUUUCCUGCUGUGAGUUCAAACAGAUUAAGUCCCAUGUGACUGAAUUCCAGUGAACCACAGUCAGGACCAUUACCCCACACCAGACUCUGUCUGAUUAAUUGCUCUAAUAUAGAAACCAUAUAGAAGAAAAGGAUGUCGUUAUAUAAUUCUUUUAGGCUAGAUUUCUUGUUAGGAAGAGAGGGACAGCACAAACGACAGUGUGCAGAGAAAGUGAAGGUAUUCUAAGCAUUAGCAAGGAUACAUAUAGGAUAAUAAAACUACCGGAUGACAAAAAUAACUCGAGCUAACAUGACAUAUCUGAAUAAGAGCAUUUUGUUCCAGUGUUUUCUCCGUGAGCCGCAUUUCUACACCGGCUGUGCUGAUGGGCUUAUCUCUCACAUACCCACAGCUCUGCUCAGCCUGUCUGCUUCCUAACCAACUGUAGGUCCCAUGGCCUCCCUCUCUGUUCCUGGCACUGUCAUGAGCACAAAGGUUUACUCAAUCACUGGUUUCCAUGCAUGCGACAAUAGGCAUAUGGUCACAUCAGCCAAGUACAAACCCUGUUUUUCUCUCUGUGUGCUGUCAUUGUAUCUGUCUCACACACAAACACGCACAGACAGUUUUCAUUUUCUCUCACCCGCUUUGCGUGUUUGGUUUUUUAACUGCACAACUGUUUUUUUUUUUUGACAUUUUUCUGGCCAUAAAUCUCUUGACAAGACCAAAGAUGUCAAAGAUGAAUUUGUCUGUUAACUUUCUUUGGAGAUCCACAGCCUGUCGGAGUCUCUCAACCCCAAACUCUGUCUUUUCAUUAUAAGGAAAUACAUUUUUAAAGAACCAUUAAAAAUACACACCCUCAUUUUUAGAAAAAUUGAAAUGUCUUCGAACAGCUUGGCCACACUGCCAAGAUUUAUCAUAAUGAAGAAACGCGUCACUCAGUGCACCAUAGUGUGGUUUUUGGUUGUGUUUAACCAGCUUUUAGACAAGUGCAUUAUGAGCUAUUAAAAGUGGCAGUCACUUAGUCUAUGGGGACUUGGCUGGGGAACUCUCAAGGUUGCAGUUCACCUCCUCCUGGACCAAUAUACUGAACCUCUUAAAUGCUCUUGGCACCUAAACGUAUGGCAGCUCUCUCUCCAAGACAUCUCUUUUUCCUGUUACCUAUCAAUAUAUUUUAGGUCAAUGUGUUUGUAGAAGAGCAGAGUGAAAAAUCUGAGGGGCUCCUCAGGAUAUACUGUAGAUGGACGACAUGACAGCUCUGUAAAAGUGAAGCCAAAUCAUUUAAGGCUACUCUUAGUCACUGGCUGGUUAAAAACCUGCCUGCCUCCUCCAUGUUGAUAGAUGGAAACAUGGCUGAAACUUUAAGCUCCUGUGAGGAACUUUUAGAUUGUGUCAUUUUUGGCACCCAUCACUGAUCUUGUCAUCUACAUGCUUAAGUGAUAUAUUUUAACAAAAUAAAAUCUCAUAGUGCUGACUUUUGACAGUCAGAUGUAUCAUUUAAUGUGAAUAUUUUAUGUUGAAAUUAGAAGGGCUGUUUCUUCAGCUGUCCUGCUAACAAUAAACCCCCCUCUUCUGAUUUCAUUCAUUAAAAAUCACAAAAUAAAGACAGUCAGUGUUAGAUUUAAAAAACAAAGACAGUCAAAAUCAAUUACUGAUGUUGUGUGUCCUUCUUUAAUUGGAUAGGUGUCUCUGAAGCAGCUGCAGUCAUGCAGGGGUCUCUGGUUUGUAUGUACUUACAGAUUUUUCCUGCGGGAAAUUCUGGCCAAUCAGAGAGCCCUUUUCUCACACAUCACAGAUUGUGAUCCGAUUGUAAAUGCCCCCAUGUGAGCACAGACAGAAGUUAAUAUAAUUAUGCAAUAAUGUAAUAUAGUACUCCAUGGUUUGGACCAGACAAGCUACGGGUGUGAAAUCUUCCUAAGUUACAGCAGUGCAUGAGAGGCAGUCAGUUUUUGGAAACUCCCAGAGGGAAAAGGGUUUGACUGAUAUUGGUUUCUGCAGCACUGCGUUUCUGUUGUCACCUUAAAAAAGCCUAAAGCCGUCUGUCUCAUAAAUACACUCUUCCUCCACCUCCAUCACCCCUCUGCUUCAUGGCCAUCCUCAAAUGACCGUCUCUUAGGAGUCACUGUGGAGCACUGUUCACAAUGGCAGAGUUCAUAUUAAUUCAAGAGUCAGUAAACUAUACAAAACCAAGGCUGCAAGCUUUAAAUCAACCCAAGAAGUUAUUAAACAUUAGACUGUACCCACCUGAGAGACCUUUGCAUUUUUAUAAGUAAGUUAAAGGGAUAUUCUGUUGUAAAAUUAAUUUGGGGUCAAACACAUCAUAACACAGAGUUAGACACCCCCUCAAGAGAUGAAUGUUGCUGACUGCUUGCUUCUCUAGUUAUACCAACUUAAGUAAUGACCGCAUAUAGCAAUACACAUCGAUCUAUGGAACCACACACAAACCUCAACCAGAACGCCACUCUAUAGCCACAAAUAAUGCUCAGAACAGCACCUAACCUCAUCAACAGUACAUAUAGGGUCUACGACACAGUACUAGCAACCAAACAUCUUUUUAGCUUUGCCUGAUUUCUUUAGCAAAGCGACUAAACACAACUCACCCACUCUCUUCCAGCAGCUGCUUGUUUGUAGUGAGACCUUGGGCCAGUCCAUUACAAACUGCUGUGGGGUGACGCAGCUCAAGGAAGAACAUUUAUAAUCAUGACUUUAUCAUUUCCUUGAAGUAAUAAUCACCAUAUUUGGCUGCUGGAAGAGAGUGGGUGAGUUGUGUUAAGUCUCUUUGCUAAAGAAAUCAGACAAAGCUACAAAGAUGUCUGGUGGCUAGUGCUGUGGCUUGGACCCCACAUGUACUGUUGAUGAAGUUAGGUGCCGUUCUGGGCAUUAUUUGAGGGUAUAGAGUGGCGUUUUGGUUGAGCGAGUGGCUCUCUGUAUUGCUAUCCUGCUGUCGUGACUAAAGUUGGUUUAACUAGAGAAGCAAGCUGUUGGCAACAUUCGUCUCUCCAGGGGGUGUCUAACUCAGUGUUACGGUGUGUUUGACCCCAAAUUAAUUUGACACCAGAAUUUCCCUUUAAAUAUGUGUUUAGGUAAGUAGGAGUGGACAGCAUCAUUACCACAACUCCAUUACUUCGCUCCAAUCCCCACUGUGCAGAGUCUGCAGAGUCUGAAUCAUGUCACAGUGCAGUGCGCCAGCAUGCACCCUUCACUGGAGGGGUUUUGACCUCACUUUUGCACACUUCUUACACAGUCAGUGGUCUCUAUGUAUUGUCCUUUCUAAUUCCAGUCACACCAUGAAUUCAGUGUUUUUUUGAAAAUAGACUGAAAAGUAGGUGUACUUGUAAAGCGGCUGCUUUAAAGGAAUGUACUUCAAAUUACAAUGUUGAAUUAACAUACACUCUCUGUAACAGCUCUGGUACCUUCUGUUGCAGAUAUUGCAAGACUACAGACUCAACUUUUCACAAACGCCACACAUCCUCGAACGUACUCUGUAAAGUGUCACCGGGAGCUGAUUAGCAUGUCCUCCCACGUGUCCUCAGCUGGGAUCUGAUGACUGCGAAGGCCACACAGACGCAUACGAUUUGCAUCAUUUCCAUACUUAAACAAUCCAGUGAGUCCUCAUUCCCUUUGGAAGCAUCUGCAUCCUAUUUUUUCCUGCUCGUUUACUUUGGUUUGUCCUUGAAGCUGUCUCCUCCUGUAGUAAUAUAGACAAACUCCUAUGCAGGUGUAUUUACAUUUUCUUCACAACUCUGAGCACAUGGGUGUAACUAAACAAACAUCAAGUUUAAAGACUCUCUUUGCCCCUUUCUCUAUUGUUUUGGUGUAUACCUUGUUGAAUUCCCCAUUUUAGGACAAAUUUUGCUUCAACUUGCGAACAAAGUCCAACUCACCUCUCCUUUUAUUUAGUGAAACAUUAUGAGAGUGUUGUGGUUCCUCCAAUUAUACUCUCCGUUUUAGUAGGAAAAAAAUCAAAGGAAAAAAAAGCGGUAAAGCUGCAAAUGUAUUAACUUCUAUUUCAGUGCCGUUGUUCAAGCCUGCAUUUCCCUCCCAUGUGGCUCACCUCAAAGUGGAGCACGCAGGGUAAACAUAAUUACGUUUCUUGUUUCAUAUCCACAGCACUGUCUUAACCUAACGUCUUAACAGGCCAACAAUGUGACUUCAAUUUGCAAGGUCUCGUUGUGACUCAGGAAGUAUACUCUGUAUUCAUGAAAAGUUUAUUUAGAGUGAGCUGUGCGAUUUCCUUUAAACUUAGUUCUAUUGGCUCUGCUGGACUUUAUUUGACUGUAUGAAGAGUGCACUCAGAGUAUCACGACUGAAUAAGUGAACUAUACAGAGGUGAAAACAAAAGAGUUCAAAAGGCCCUUCUUGUGCCAUCAAAAAAUAAGAGUCUUAACAUUAGAGCUUGUGUUUAGUUUUAAGUAAUCAUCCAAAAAUAUGCCAGGCAAGCAAGAUAGAUGUGUUAGAGGAGUCAUCAUCAGCUGGGUGAGAGAGAGACUCGUUUUGUGGGAAUGAAUGUGACUCGAGGCAUUAAAUAAGUGAUUGAAUGAUAAGGCGAAUGACUAAUGUGAUAUUGAGGUAUUAGCAGGAAAACUAUUUUAAAUAGUGAUGAGUAGGUAAAUCUGAUAAUUGUUUUUCAAGAUGAGAACUCCUUUGAAGUGCACUUCAGUAUUAAAUCAUCAUGCCAUUAAAAUCAGCAGAUGCAGCAUUCACAGUUAUAGUAAACUGUAUUUUUCUCUCUUUUGUGCCAGCAGAGGUCAGAGCAGCUGGUCAAUGUCACUGGGUUUCCGUAGUUGGACGUCCCCAAGCCGAUCAACACCCAACAUCCAUGAGGUAAAAAGAUCUGCACUUAAUCUGAGGUCUUGUAAUCUGGGAAGUAAUGCUGUGUUUGAGUUACCUCGGAAGUCCGAGCUGAAAAUAACGUCACACCCGAGUUACCAACUUUUCAUUUUAGCGCUUGCCUUAUAUUCGGUAAAGGUAAGCACUAAAAUAGCUUUCGUAGAUCUAGCUAUCUUGUUUCCGCCUCUGUUUUCGCUUUUUUCCGAUUUGGUAACUGAAACGCUUGGAACCCGGGUGUGACGUCAUUUUCAGUUCCGAUAUCUGACUUCCAAGGUAACUUGAACGCAGCACAAGUACCCUACUUUAUGUGCAAUGAAUGGGUGGAUAUUCUGCAUGACUAUGUUCUGACAUUUGUUACCUGAAGACGUAAAUCAAGACACCCAGUGAGUAUUAUAUUUUCUUACGCUCUUAGAGAAUGCUUGUUUAACAAGUCAACACAAUUUGUGGAUGUAGCACACACAAUGUUACCCAAGGGUUUGUGAGUGACACCAUCAGCUGUCUGUUUUUUUAUCAAACGUAUUCAGAUCAAAGGUGAAUACGCAACAGGUAGAGUUGAGUUGAGUUGAAAAGGCUGAAUUGACAACAAACAAGCAGCUAUCCAACUGUUACUGCAAUUAUGCACAUGUUUAAUGGUAAUAUCUGUUUUUUAUUGAGUGAGUAACUCAUAAAGGGUUUUUAAACAGAUGUUAAGUUGUGAUUGUUCAGAAAACAAGCUCCGGAGACUGUAACACAAUCCUGUUUCAGACUGUAGACAUCAUUUCUGUGGCAUAGUUGAGCAUUUUUGAUACAGGACUCAAAGGGAGCUGACUCAAUGGCCCUAAAUGUUUACUUCAGGAACUGCUGUUUUGUCAUUCUUGCAUCCUGGAUGCUGCUUUGGACCAAAACAAUUUUGGAUUCUUGAACAAGAAAUCUCCUCGACCUUCCUCAAUGUUUUUAAAUAUGAACAUUUUCUUGUGCCUCCAUGAUACUGAAUUCAAAACUGAAAAGAGCAGGUAGUGUAUUAAGAUUGAUUGAGUUUUUCAGCAUUAAAGCAUCGUUGGUGUACAUUGAAAUAACUUGUCACUGAGUGCUGCCCAUCAAAUUAAACAUUGUCAUGGCAACAGCAGCAAAUCAAAAAACAAGUCAUGCAGAGGAGAGCAGUGAAUAAGUCCCCCCAAAGACUCCACAGCCACUAAUAUCUUUGUAUUUGUAGUCUUUCUUGGUUGAGAAUGUCUCAGUUUGCAGAGGAGUCAAUUGCACACUUAGAGCUCAAUUCUGAUAUGAAGCUUUGUCUUUUCUUUGUCUUUUCACAGGCCUCAAGUAAGGAUAUUGCUGCUUCACUGCACAAGAAUGUGCUGUCAUGGGGUGUGUGGCGGGGGCCACAGCAGAAGGAGAGUGUGUCUCCUCGAGCAAUAACACACUCUGCUUACUCUCAGACUGCAGAUAGAAGGUCUUACAGCAGCGUUUCCAACUUGUUCAGGUCUGCAAGUGUCCCAGAUGUGGAGGGAAGGAGUCCAAAGACAGCUUUUUCUUCUAUUACCAUCGCAACCCGGAAGGUCCUGCCAUCAUUCUCUGCCUCACGGGAACCUGUGUAUCUAUCAGCUUCAACACAGUUUGUAAAGGUACCCGCUGCACCUAAGGUAACUUUUGGAAGAGCCCUUUCCUUACCUGUGAGCAGAAUGAAAGUCUCAAACUCCCAGCCGGACAUGUGUCGACAGAAUUCCACUACCGUGACCCCAAAUGACUUCAGACAGGUCUACUCACCGGCUGACGAGUUGGCGUUGAGGGAAAGAGGAAAGAGGAAGGUACUUGUUUGGCGCAGAUUGAGCCGCACAGGCACUAACAGAAAGCAGGACGUGAUGGGCGGCUCUUUAAUGGAUCUGUCCCCACAGCCAUCCUACAGGUCUUGUGUCCAUCUGGAGGUGCCUCUGAGGUCAGCCAGCUCUGUUGUGUUUUUAGACAAGUCACUUUGCAUUUCCCUUGCGGACCUGGAGGGAAGGAGAGCAAGUCAACCCACUUUGUUCAGGUCAACCUUUUCUAUUCGCCUCGGUGGCUCAUCCUGCCGCAAAUCCUCAACGAAUAGCAAAGAAGCCAAAAGAAAUUUGGGUUACGGGAGACCCAGAUCAGCCAAAUUGGGUGGUUACAAACGAAGUAACCGAGGAAGUAAUUCAGGCCACGGUGGAGCCCCUUCACCAAAGUACAGAGGCGACAAGGUUGAGAAAAUAGCACCUGCUUGUGGUGUUAACAGCAAUGCUGACGGCUCAGACACACAGUGCCAUGGUGCUACUUCAGGAUUAUUGUCAUUCAGAGGGCCGAGCCACUCAAACACAAAGGCUGGAAGGCAGAAGGGGAAUGCUGAUGAGGCAGCUUUCCCUGUCCGGAGCAAUUUCAAGCAAAGGCAGUAUACUUUCAAUACCCGCCCAGGUAUGAAUUUCUCAGUAUCACCUUCCUUCCGGAGUGAAAAUCUAAUGUGCCCCUGUCAAUUGAUCUGUAUACUCUUGUCAGUUGCUUGUAUACUCUAAAGUUAUUAUUGGUAAGAUUUUGGAGGCAAAACAGCAAGAUGAAUGAGCCACCAAGGUUGUCUCAGGGGGCAGAGUUUUAUUUGUUUCGAUCAGUUUUUCACCUUUUUUUUAUACCUCAUGCAUUGUAAACAGCACCAAACCCACACACAGCUUUUCUUUUACAGUGCAUUUACACUGUUUUCAAAUAAAUCCCAUCUGGUACUCAUGGACUUCUGCAGACUUCAACACAGUCUUUAAUUUAUUCCUAUCAAAAAAAAAAAACAACACUAUAAAAUCUUGAGUUAGCAUCUGCCACUGUAAUGUAUAUAUUAACAGUGUGUUGCAGGUAUCUAAAGAUAGACUGAAUUAACAUGAUUUCAAAUAAUCUUUCUCUCCUGGUACUCAACUAAAAAUAACAUCAAAGAUAUGAGAACUGAAAUAUGAAAUAUGAUUUGGUUAAUUUAAUCAAAGUGCCAGGACCUCUUUGGGUGAUACAAGUGAUAACCAAGUGAGUAGCAACGUUUUGGGUGGGGUGUACAUGGACAGUCCCCAAAGGCCCCUCUGUGCAUGUACAGAUUUUCAUUCAAGCAGUUUAAAAAGAGGACCCUGUAUACUCAUUCCCCUGUUUUAGGGACUGCAGCUACAACAUGCUAGUACUAAAAAAUUUGAAUUAGGUUUUUCACUGCAUUUUUGUUUCUUACACUUAAAAAUGAAUAGUACAAGAUUUUAGGGAAUGAGCAAAGACACUGCAAGCCGCAACCACUUAAGCCGAGCAUGGACUUAACAUAAGUGAAUAUUGUUUUAUGCUAAUAACACUUUAAACAAAUAACUUUGACCAGCUGCAGAAACUCAGCUUAAAUGCCAUAUGGUUGUGUUAGUUGAAACUACCUCAUGUACCUGAAGAGUAGUUAAACAUCUGCCGCUGCAAUGAGUAACACCUGACUCUAUGUAAAGGCUAAAAGAUUUCUAGAAAUUAUUUGUUAAAACCUGAAGUAAGACUAAAAAGUAAAAAACAAAUGAUGAAAACAGUCAUCACAAGUGCCCGAGAAAUAGCUCAGCCAGUUUUUUCUUCAUUAUUCUUUAUGCCAAGCUAAUGGGCUGUAGACUUGAGACUGGAGAGUGUGGACCUUUCCAGGACUGGAAGUGGAGCUGAUGGACAAAAGGACAGGAAAAAUGUGAUGCCACCGCCUGAAGCAGUUUCAGAGUCAUACCUGCCUGCCAUGGCUGUUACACAGACUGUCUGAGGAAAACAACUGCAACACAACACUUUUUAAUUAUUUAACCACUCUCUCCUCUCAUUACAGCAUUUAUUUCCUGCUCCAUCCAACAGCUUUUUUUUUCAGUCUUUCUCUCUUCACACUAUUGUUUUGCUUCAGUGGAUGCUGCAUUCAUUCUCGGGCCUAAAGGGCGAGAAAUAACCAGAGGCAAUAACUUGACCGGUGACAUUACAUCUUUGGUGUGUGCUUUGCAGAGCAUGUUGUGAUGCUUUAUCUACACAUUGCAUGGUCAUGGAAAGGUAUUGAGGGGGUGAUAUACAUUCUUUGAGCGUAAGAGGAAUGGAGUUAAGGGGCAGAGUGAAUGCAGUGUCAUCUUUUACAUUAUUCAUGGUACACACUCAUGUUCCCUUUGUGUUUUUUCUUUUGUAGAGUGGGCUCAGUUUGAAGUAUGUUUCUUUUCAUGCUUGUCCAGAUCAUACAAACCCAGCCUUGAGAAGGACUAUGAAACAUAUGGUUUAGUAAAUUGGAGAAUUAUUAACAUGCGGCUUCCUCAGAUCAUUAUCCCCUUGGAGAACUAUCCAGCCUUUCCCCUUCAAUCAACUUCCUUUUCCUUGUUUGUAGGUGGAAAGAUUUGACAUGCAACAUAAAACAACACACUAAUCGAACUUCUCUUUGUGUCUCUUCAGUGGACUACAGAACCUGGAGCAAGCAAACACGAAGCAACAAGGCGGAGGAGCGACAAGAACCAGACAGUUCUACACGGCUUCAAAAGGUCUCCGCUUCGGAAAAGAACUUGUCAAAACCAAAGGCUGCUUCUCUUGGAGAAACAGCCCAAACUCUCAGCCUCAAAGUAAGAGUGUAAAAUUUCUCUGACCUUGAUCCUCUUUCUAAAUAAAAACUUCAAAGAAGCAAACAAGCAAAACGGAAACUUCAAAGCGAACCUUACAUUGACCUCCCUUAAAAAAAAGCCGUUUAGCAUAAAUUUCUGUAGCACUAGGUUGCUAACUAGGAUUUCUGUGUUGCCUCUGUAGUUUAAAAAGUCAUAUCAACAGAAUUAAGUUGUCACAGAAAUAGAUCAGCUGUUAUCAUGUGACCUGAGCCGAAAACCUUGGGUCAUGCAAUAACAAGUAAUCAUAAAGAUAGACCUGUCUCUCCAAAGUGACCUUAUCAAUAACUGAUGAACCAUCCAUAAGAUGAAGGCCAUGGUAGGAGAUCAAUAAAAGACCCGUAUAUUACCUGACCAGCAAAGGGCAUUAAAGGGAGGGCCUUCUGACAGUAGGUGUCUGCAGGUGACCAUCCAUUUCAACAGAUGCAGAAACAACACGCAUCAAAAUAAAAAAAAAAAAAGUGAAACAAAAUCAGUCUCAGUAUUGUUUAUCAGGUAAUUAUUGAUCGUCAGCACUGACUGUGCAUCAGUAAUUAUAAAUGUUCCAAAUCAUCAAUAAAUAACCUUGACAACAUCUUUUUAAAAAGUCUUUAUUUGGAGAAGGGCAAAUAUGGAAAGAAGUAAGAAAUGUUGAUAUGAAUAUAAUAGGGGAGAGUGGGGUAAGUUGAGCCACCCCUCUGUUGUUUGGAAAUGGUAAAGAAAUUGAUCAUGUUACCAAAUAUUUAGGAGAUGGGCAUCAAUUCAUGGAGUCUGUGAAGGUUAGAAGCACAUGGGUGAAGGGGUUAGAUAUUUAUUUACAAAAAAACAUUUUUCACUCUUGAAAGUGAAUUUAGUCUGUCAUAAGUUUUAUUAGAAUUGUUUUCAGACCAAAAAAGAUCAUUUUAAAUAAGUUUUAUACAUUAAUUGUGGUAUCUAUGAGCAUAACAUAACAUAAAAGUUCACCAUUUUAGCUUAGAGGACUAAUAAAAUCAUCAUAGUAGUUCUGGGGUAAGUUGAGUCAGUGGUUCAACUGAGAAAGUAAAUGAGUCUGAUGAGAGGAUCAGAGUUUCAGUUCAGAUUGUUGAAAUGUGUUACUUUAUCUUUUCAAAAAUAUAGCUGUGAAUGUUCUAAAUCACUUCAAGACAUUCUCAUGUUAAAAUGUUUUUUUAUAAUCAGCUUUUUAGCAGUCAUAUGCAAUAGUAAUGAAAAUAAUUAUUGUACCAGUUGAAUAAUAGAUAAAAAUACACAUGAAUGUGAAGAAGUGACUGUUAUUUAGGGAGAGAGAAGGUCAACUUACCCUAUACACGGGGUAAGUUGACCAUAGGAAAACACUUUUUUUGGCAAGCUAUAUUAUCAGGGCAGUUAUGUUUACACUCAUUCUGUUGGUUUGCAGGGAUGCACAAUAUCUUGAAAUAUAUGCAGAUACUCUAGUUUGAGACAAAACUAUGAUUAUCUUGAUGUAGCGGUCCAAAAUAUGAAAAAUGGCUCCUUUUACCCGACUCUCCCCUAUAUAUAUUAUAAGGCAUGACCAAUAAUAUCUGUAAGUGGUUGAUUUUACAGUGUUUGCUCUCCUGCUUUUGACCAAUUAAAGGAAACAAAAUUCCACACAAUAAGAAAAGUGGAUGGCGAAUAAAAUCUCAAAAACAUGAUAUUAAUAUCAGUUUGAAGUUGCACACAAUGUAGGCGUUAAAGGUUUAUGAUCAAACAGAAAGACUCAGACUGUGUGUGUGUGUGUGUGUGUGCCAUAUGGGACCCAUAAAACCAAAGGAAUGAAAGACUAUUUCAAUUAACAUUUCCCACAUACACACUAAGAAAAUCUUGAUGUGUUUACUCUUGGAAUAAACAUUAUCACAACAGCAGCGGGAUCUCUGGAGGGGAGAUUUUUGCACUUGGAGAGAUUUUUGCUUUCGUUGGUGUUUGUCACUGCUGCUGCCAAGGAGAGGAGAAAUCUUUAAUAAUUACACAAUUUACUUUUUCAUCCCUUCCGCCUUCCUCUUUGUAUUUGAUCCAGUUUUUCUUUCAACUGAGUUAAUGUAACAAGUUUUAUCUCAGUGUAGUGAGGUGGUAAAGAUCCGCCGAGGUUUGUGAGGCUUUUCUAAAAGAUUCAGAUUCCCCCUGUGAGAAAAGCUCUCUUACCUUUAUCCCCACUAAAGCUGAGCAUAAUAUUACCGUGUUGCCUGAACCUCCUAGCUAUUACAAGGCUGUGAAGAGGAUUCUCCAAGGUUAAGGAAUAGAUUAAGGAUAUUUUCAGAAUAGAUUUCAGCCCAGUAAAGAUGUUUCUCUCUCUUUCUGCAGGAUUAGUGUCUAUGAGUUGUACUGUUCUUGUCCCAGCAACGAGAAGCUUACCGUAUCCACCUUUCCCUCUCCCCACCCCAGGAGGCCUUGGAGCUCUUCAGGCCAGACUUCAUCAACCGAUCUCAAGGUCGGGUGAGGAGGUUGGAGCAGCGGGCUGUGAGGAGGAGAGCGCUGCAGGAGUCCAGUCUAGACCUGGUGCAGGACCUGAGGGAGGAGGGAUGCAGACAAAGGAGGAAGUGCACCACACCAGAUCCACUCAGUGGUAAGAGCAGUGGAAUAACCUGGCUGAGUGGAAGUAACCCCUUAAAUAAAAUACGAUUUCAUGUCUUCUGGUCACUAGACAGCCAAUCUUCAGGUUUCAGUUCCACUCUCAGACAUGAUUAGGAUUUUUCACCCUCGGAAUGACAGCUCAGAAAUCAGUCUGAUCAGGAUUCAAAAGAACCAGGCCUCAUCUUCAAAAUCGAUCGUUUUCCAUCUAUAAUCUGUUGUUGUAUCACUUCAUAUAAUCCUGGCACUGCUGGGAUUAUCACUCCUUCAGUGGGUGUAUGAUUUUCUGGCAAAAGACAAACAUGUUUGCCCCACGUGUACGCUGGGACAUUAAAACAAGGCAUUCAGGGUCAUGUCACACUGCAUCAUGUUGCUUUGAAAGGAACAGUGCUCUGUUUCCCAAAUUAUGCCUGUUAACCCUAAUAACCUCAGCUGAUCUGAGGGGAAAAAAAAGAGGAUUUUGCAUAUUUUUCUCCUUUAUAGUGUGGUGGCAUUUAUCCAACUUUGCUCUCUGGUGGCCACUAUCUGGUAUUGCAGAUCAUUGGAAGCAUUUUUCUUCAAAGCUCUGCAUGCAGGGAGUACACUCAAGCUGGGACCAGGAUUUAAUGGUCUCUAAGGUGUUUUCUAUUUGUCCCAAAUGGCUUUUAUUUUAAUUUCAAGUAAAACUGCUGGAGAAAGGAGCUGAACAAGGUCAGAAUGUGAUAAGAAAAUAUUUGUCAUAUAGGAAAGAGAAAACAUCAUACCUUACUUAUCAGUGUAAAUACUGAUAAAAUGAGAUCUGUAGGUUUAGAGACAGAGAUGAGAGGAGAAACAAGACCUAGUCCUGAAUAAAUGGCAAACGAUCAAAAAAUGUUUAACAAAAUACCAAUUUUUAACUAGAUAUCCAGCAAGUUAUUACACUCUCCGUGUGACUGUGUGACUGUAGGGAAACUUCACGUUUAUACCACCUUAAAUACACUCCCUAAUUGGGAUGUGGCUUGUCAGGUGAAUGCGAGAAUGACGAAUAGCUAAUGUGAAUUUAGUAGAUCCCAAGUCGACUGCCUCAACUCGUGCGCAGGUGUCGCUCCAUUAUUGCCUGUCUGCUGGGUCUGUCCCAACCCACACUGCUUCUCUGAUAUGGUUUUUUAUCAGUUUGAGCUCAACACUCAUCCUGUUGUCUCAUGUCCUUCCUUUUUAGAGAUAAUACAGGAAAACACCCAAAAAAUGAAAAAAGAAAACUGCUGCUGUAUAUUUGAUGCCACCAUAGUUUGUGAUCUAAAUUUCCUGUUUGUAGUUGUCAUGUAUGGCAAUAUAUUGCGCUCUCGCAGGGUAUUUUUUAUGCUUUCCUCUCAGAGCAGGGCUGGGAUAAUAAGAUGAUAAUAAUAAUCUUCUGUGCCAAAGAGUGGCAUGCUGCACCUGCGCCAGUCAUUUCACAUCACCGGUCCAAAGGCUUCUGCAGAGGAGACAUUCAGACCUUCUCCAGAGGCCUCCUCUCUUCUCGAUCUCUGUUACCUCCGGGCACUUUUAACAAAUUGGAAGAUCCUUCAUCAUGGCAGAGGGGAAACAGUUUCAGGUUAACCAAGGAGAGAGGAUCCAAGGAUGUCCAACUUAAUAAAGCGGGAAACAGACAUAGGCAGAUAACCAGAAACACUCAUGCUUACAGACACUUUAAAGUGACCAGACUAGCAAACAAGACAAGCAUGUCUUUGGACUAUGAGAGGAAGUUGUAGUCACAGGAAAGAACAUAUGUACAGGGAGAACAAACAAACAAAACACAUUAAAAGGCCUGGAUUUAAGUUUGGAUAUCUCUUGUUUUGAGCCAGCAGCAUGACACCACCCUACUAUUAUUUAGUUUAAGUUAUAUAACUGUUAGAAUCUAAAUACAGCUGAGAGGUAGCUUAGCAAUCAGAUAUGACUGAUGAAAUCAUGUGAAGGGUAGAGGGUGCACAUUGGGUAUUCAUUCAAGGCAUGCAAAGAUGACGCUUAAUUCAACCACAAUUUUAACAAAAUAAAAUCGUGUAUCAAUCCAUUUUCUACCGUUUAUUCCCAUUGGGGGUCGUGGGGGGACUGGAGCCUAUCCCAGCAUCUUCGGGCGAAGGCAGGGGACACCCUGGACAAGUCGCCAGUUCAUCGCAGGGCUGACAUAUAGAGACAAACAACCAUCCACGCUCACAUUCACAUUUACGGUCAAUUUGAAAGUGGCCGAUUAACCUAACCCCACUUCUGCAUGUUUUUGGGAUGUGGGAGUACACAGAGGAAACCCACACAGACACAGGGAGAACAUGCAAACUCCACACAGAAACGCCCUGACCCAGUUUCAAACCCAGGACUUUAUCGUUGUGAGGCAUCAGUGCUAACCACUACCCCACUGUGCCACCCUAGAAUCACCUACUAUAGCUUUAAUUUGCAUCCAUUGUCCUUUGGCAGGUCAAAAUGAGGAAAAUGCAGCGUUAUAAACAGCACUGAAUAAACUAGACUGCAACACAAGAAGCAAAACACAGGGAAGCACAUAAUAAUAAACACAAACACAUGCAUACAUGCACAUUCUAGCUUAAAUUAGCCAAGUCAAAAGCAUUGAUAGUAGCGGAGUUCCCAUAAUAUCACUAUUUCUCGGUUCAGUUUGAUAAACAAACUCUUUAUCUGCACCACACCUGAUGUAUUCAGGUGUUUGUCUUGGCUGCAAAUCCAACAGUGUUAGGGACACAUUAAUACGGCACUGAGAUGUAAUACUUUCAGAAAUGAAAAGUCUCCGAGUUAGUUUUGAAAGGUCACAGAGGAGUCGUAAAAUUAUCUGUAGGAACCUUGAACAGCUCUCACUGAUCUCUGACUGAAGUCUAAAGUCUAAUUAUGAACAAAGAGUGUUGGCGCUGUUGACCUGAGAAGCACUCUGCCAAUUCACCUCAGUUCAAGCUGUGAGAGACAAAGCAGCCAGUGUCUUUUUUUUAUAUAUAUGUGUGUGUAUGUGUGCAUGUAUUAAUGCUCAAAUGUGUAUCUGUCUAGAAAAGAGAGAUCACACACAGCCCUCAGUGUUCAUUAACAUAUUCCAAGUUCAUUUACAUAUUAAUACUGAUUUGUUAUUCUUAUGUGUUUGUUUGUGUGUGUGUGUGUUCUUGUGUGUGUAUGUGUUUGUGCAUGCAUGUCCCAGAUAACCUUUUCAAGCCUAGAGAGAGGUCUAUAUCAGGCAGAGAGAUGCAGCUGAGGUCCAGACGGUGAGUUCUCCUGACGAUGACACGCUGUCUCUCCUCCAUUUUCUUUUUUUUUUUUUUUGAUUCAGCAAAAUCCAUCAAGCUUGUUUGUCAUAUCCGUCAUGCAUGCAGGGCUUCUGCUCAAACACAAUGCACAUUUACACACCUACGUACUGUAUGGGUACAAUAGACUUUCUGACGGCCAAAUGUCUCAACAGGAGAUACGGGGUAGUCUUUGUACACCUUAUCUCUGUCUCCCUCUUUUUUCUCACCUUAUCUGAAAAGGCACACCUGAUCCGAUGAUGGCUGCCCAUUGUAAUUUUUUUCUCAAACGGGACACUAUCUGUCUUGGAGGAUCUUUUAACAAAUUGGCUGUAGUUGUGGGAGUGAAAAAGGAGUCUGUGUGCGACCUGUUUAUCAGUGCAUCCAGGUUUUUGCUGGAUGUGGCCUCACUAGAUAAUACCUCGUCUCUCCUAUGCCAAUCUGCUGACACGGCUCAGCCACCCUGACACUUCUGAUACCAGAUUCCCCUGCUUCUGUAUGAAUUUGCCUUUCUUAUGUCUGUAGGAUUUACAACAAGCUACCAGAAGUGACAAAAAAGAAGGAGGAGGAGAAAAAGAGGGCUGUAUCACAAACCAACAGACUGCGGGCAGAGGUAUUUAAAAAGGUACAGUUUGAGACCUUGAUCACUUAUUCAAUAGGACCGGGGAACACACACACACACACACCUGCAACAACUGGAGCAAAAAGAAAAUCUCCAACUUUAAAAGUUCAGAGCACUUCACUUUGUGUGUUGUGAGACAUCUCUGGUUCACAACAAAUGGAUUCACAAAGAGCUUUGACAUAUAGGCAAAACUGUACAAAAGGACAAAGCAAGAACAUAGAGCACAAGAGUUUUGUGUUGAUCUAUUUUUGCAACUGUUGAGAAAAUGUACAAGUUUGGAAAAACAGCAGCAACACUCCUGUUAUAAUGCAUUAUUAGUACAUUUAUAUCACUGUAUUCAUGCAUCUAUAAGGUUUAAUAACAAGCCUUACAGAUGAUAAUAAGCAUUUAUAACAGCUUAUAGCAAUGUUUAUAAAGUGUUAUAAGCAUUGAGCAUAAUACCUUAUAGAAAUGCCUAAAACGUGUAUCUUAAAGUCACUGUAAACGAACGGAGGGUAACACUUUAUUUGACACCUAUCUAUAUAAGGGGAUUAAUCGUAUAUUAAUAAUGUGUUAUAAUCAUGUUAUAGCACUGUUUAACUAUAGUUACAAACACUCAUAAAUGAUCAUAAUCCUUUAUAGCAAUAAUCAUAACACAUUAUAAAGCAUUUUAUCAUGACUUACAAGGUCAGGUAUUAUAAUGUGUUACAACUGUUAACAACUCACUGACAAUGCCCACUUAGAUAAUGCAUUGCGACUGUUGUUAACAGUAAUAACACAUUAUAAUACCUGAUCUUGUAAAUCAUGAUAAAACACUUUAUAAUGUGUUAUAAUUAUUACUAUAAAGCAUUUUGAUCAUUUAUCAGUGUUUAUAACUAUAGUUAUACAGUGCUAUAACAUGAUUAUAACGCAUUAUUAAUACAUGUAUAAUCGCAUGAUAGAGAUAGGCGUCAAAUAAAGUGUUACCGAGUGGACAUUUUACAAUGGACCCAUUUUAAAACAACACUGUUGCAAACUAAACCAAAAAAACAACACAAUCCAUUUUAUCUCACUGUUCAUCACUGUGUGAGAGUACUGGCACUCUGUAGUCAGUCAGUCCUGGGGGGAGCAUUGUCUGUACAAAACAGGGAUAAACUGGAUAAGGCUGUCAGACUAGCUAGCAAGAUAAAUGGGGAACAAAUGUGUAGUGUUUCUCACACAACCAACCAAUGCAGAUUGAAUGUGGCUCACAAAAUCACAGCAGACCCACUUCACUCCCUCUGGUCCGGUAACACUCUUUUAACUUCAGGGUACAGCAUGCCCAGGGAGCAGACUAAAAGAGGCAUCACAUCAUUUAUCCCACUCGGCAUUCAGCCGCUGAAAAAACCCAGUGCACAGUCCGAACUUUGCAUGCUGCACUUUAUGUAACACGGCAUUUGAUUUUCCUCUGAAGUAGCCAUGCAAUGUUUUAAUGAUGUACAUCUGAAUGAAGGUUCAUUUAAUGUUUGUUUGUCUAUGUGAACUUGCGCAUUUUGAUGCCAGAAAGGUUUUAUUCAUCACAAAAAUGUGCUACAUAUUCUGAUCCAUUCAGGUGUUUGUCCUUUAUUUAUGUAUUAUUGGAGUUAUUGUCUUAUGAUCAAUCUAGAUUAAAAGCCUUUAGGAUGUAUGAUAACAUUAGUAAGUAGUUAAAAAGAAGGUUCUGUAUAAAUGGAUGAUUAUAUAUAAGGAUAAAAUGAAACAUGGCUAAUGCUUAUCCAGCAGAGGUCAGUGUUCCACCGCUAAAGCGGAAUCUCUUGCAAUUCAUCACUAUGAGCUGCCACCUAAAAAGAGUGUGGUCUGUCUGUAAUCUGUUUAUUUUCUUUGUGUUUCAUGUCAAUUCUGUUACCUGUCCGUGUCUUCUUUAAAAUCAUACCAGGAAACUAAAACAUUUCCACAUCUUCUUGGACUACCCAACUAUUCAACACUACUGGUCCAAAGUAAAACAAAAGGUUGAAUUAAUAAUGGAUUUUUUACAUUUUAAUAUGGUUUCUGUUCAGUGUAUCUCAGAAAUAUCUCCCCCACAGUCAGUUCUGGUCGUAAUUAUCUAAUAAUCUGAUGGUAGGAAAACUGAUGCAAGAAAGUGGCUGACUAGAAAAAAAAUCCUUAUUGUUUGGACAAAUAAUCAGCUCAGUUUUACGCAAUGGCUUCUCAGCAAGAAAAUAGAUGAUUCACAAAUAUAGAUGUAUGUGUGUGUAUAUUUUUUGGGGUAUAAUAGCCUUCAUUAGCGAGGACCUUUGACCUCUGUUUUGGAUGCUUCACUGCAGCACUCUCCCAAUGCUCACUGUAUGGCUCCAUGAUAGUAACUGUCUCCUAAAUAUAGGUAGUAACACAAACUCAUCUGUCAGAAUGGAUUGAAACGACUCUUACAUUCAACUCCUCUUUCAUUGUAUGAGCAAUACCAAAACAACAAAUGAAUUUAUUGUUCAAAGUUUGUGUUUGUGUCUAUAGAAUAAAAACACCAAGAAACUUCUAUGAAAAACUUGAUCCUUUCUGCAUAAAAUUUUAGCUCAACUUAAUUUUAAUACCUCUAUAUCACUUUGGCUUCCAGCAUUGUAAAAAGCAACACUAACAGUUUUACCUGAAUAUAUCCUAUACAGACAUGCAUAGUACCUGUUUUUACAGGAAGCGCCCACAUCCUCUAACAGCAAGGGAUAGGUGGGAAAAUGAAUGAUAUAUUUAGGACAUGCUGUGUCAGACGGAUCCACUCAGCAUCACUUGUGGCAUGCCCUCAGCCACUCUGCUAUGAUAACCCCGACGUAACAAUGACUCUGCUGUCAGCCAAGUGAGAUGAGAAAAAUACAAAGAGCUGUCUGUGAUGCUUUACAGGUAAUGACACAAUCACUGCAGCUCUGCACAAUGUGUGUGUGUAUUAUUGAGAGACAGGAAGUGGAUCCAGCUGUAGGAGACUUUGGGUUGUAUUUUAUUCAAGAUGAGCAGGCAUGAUUGAGUUGUUGAUAUUUAGGUCAACCAAGGGAACUAUUUUGCUUUAAGCUCAGGGUCAGACUCUUUGGACAAGGGUCGCCUAACAAGGACACUCAUGCAGGGGUGGCAUAAAGUUUAAGUUCAGGGAUUGAAAUUUCUCUUUAUAUGAUUAAUAUAAUCUUCAAUACUAAUAAUAAGGUAUCAUAAUGGAUGAUACUUCCUAUAAAAAGAAUGACAACUUAUAUAUUCCUAAUGUUUAAUUCUUUUAAAUUUGAAAAGAAGACACAUUACUUAAAGUCCUGGUAUAAAGCACCAAAAGGGGAUACAUGUGACAUUGAAAUGCAACAAAAACCAGCAGUAUGUACCAUUACAGCCACGAAGAAAAGCCCCACCUCUGGUUUAACAGAUGGCUAAUUAAGAAAACACAGGGGGCCAAUCACAUUUGAUAGUGGGGCAGUGCCACCCUGGACCACACUCUGGUCAUGCCCUUGUUCUGGCCUCCAGUGUUUUUGUCUCUUUAGGCUACAGUGAAUCAACAAUAAUCGAUGUUUUGGGGUUCUUGACACAUUUUGAUGUUCAAUUGCUUUUGAAGAGAACAUUUUAUUUCCUGAGGAAAUAGAGUAGGUGGGACUGGUGACCUUACCACCUCUCAAAUGAAGCUAUUAGCCAGGCUGAACUACAGCAAGAAUAGAGUGGAUAUGUGUGUGUCUGUGUGUGUUGGAGGCAAGAAUUCUACAACACACACACACACACACACACACACACACACACACACACACACACACACACACACACACACACACACACACACACACAGCUGCAGAGGAGUCACAGUGGGCUCUGAUUUUGUGCAGUUAAGGGGUGGAUGGUUUUGAACGCUGGCUGAAAUUAGAUUCCAGCUGCUGGGUGCUACUGUAAGACGGGGGUGCAUAGCAGGGUGUCUGGUCCGGUAGCAAAAGUUAGAAUUAUUUCCCCCACCCGUGCUGGGACACCUCAGGAGCAAGGCUGAUGGAAGUGGAAGCCAAUUUAGCAGCAGGAGUUGCUCCUGUGUGAUGCAGAGCUGCUCUUAGGAGAUUGAAGGAGGGGAAGUGUGAGAGCAAUAGAUGUGUUUUUGAUCUGUUUGUUCGGGAAGAAAGAUAACAGUGCUGUUGUUGUUUUUUGUUGUUCGCAGAAACUCCUGGACCAGAUCCUGCAAAGAUAAACGAGAGACACUGACCGCUCUUCAUGCAUAACAAUAAAUGCAUAUUAGAUGUAACUUUGUGUCUAAUUCAGCUAAUUCUCCAAACAAACCAAUUCUCUCCCUGCACAAUUAGUUUCUACUUAUUGGGCUCUAGUCUUGUUAAAUAUGUUCACAGAAAAUGCAUUAUUUGUAAUUGGCAAUGAGAGUUUGCAGAUUUGAGGUAAUUGGAAGACAGGUUUGGAGUAUUCAUUUCAAUUUCGUUUUCUAUACAAUUAGCUGUGACAAAUUAUAAGGACACACAACCAAAAUUAGCAUAAUAAAGCUAUUUAUGAGAUUUAAUGUCCAUGGCAUAUGCUUUUGACUUAAUGCGUGCAGGCAAUGACAAAGCCUAGUUUUUUCAACUAACAGCGCUUCCAUAAUUUAAAGACACUGAAAGGUCUGACAGUUGAAAUAUUAAAGCAAUUAGCCUGACAUCCAUCUUCCUUGCUUAAAUUUAAACCCAGUAAUUAAAUGCACCACAGAUUCAUCCUAUCAUUCUCCUUAUUUUCCUCCAAACGAUCUGAUUUUUAUCUCUAACGGCAUUUUUCACCAUCUCAAAAUAUAAUAAGAGGAUUUCAAGGACAUUCUUUGCAGGAGUGGUAACAUUUUCCAGGAAAUUGAGUCUUGAUGCUUUAAGUAUAGCACCUUGACUCUGACAUUGGUACAGCACUAGAGGUGUUUUUAAAGCAAGCGAAGAGGAGAACCCUGUUUCGUCAUUGACUCCUCAACUGCCUCGAGGCCUCUGGAGCCUCCCAUCCGGAACAGUGGAAUUCCAAGCUAAUCGAACUCAGGAGACACACACAGCGCCUUGUGAAAGGAGGUCUUUGUCGCCACGCUCCAAACCAGAGAUGACAUUGUAAUAAGAGAGGAGACUUCUGUGCACAGCCUGACUGCAGUCCACAUUUAGCCUGUAAAGGUGAAUGACAUCCUGGUGGCAUUUAAAGAGAGCCUGCUGGGAUGAAGAGAGAACAUGCGGAAGGACAUGUUCAGCAGGUCUCAGACAAACGAACCACAUACUUACAGUACGUACACAUUGUUUUGGCUUACCAUUGUCGGCUUGUUGUUCUGGAGUUAGAGUGUAUUAAACCCAGAACAAAAUAAAAAGUUGGAGUCAAACCUAGAUUGAUUGUGAAUAAUGGCUUGCAUCCAGUUGCGAACACCAUCUUUGUCUCGCAGAAGAGAGAAAUCCACAUGAGAGAGAUGAUCUCCUGCCAUGUCGCCUGGUUACACACAUUGAGCAGCAGAUUGACAGGAAGUUACAUACGAUCCGAAAGGCUCCUGUCAGUCAGCCUCGCUCUCUGUGAGACAUCAUGCGUCUCUAUGUCACAUUGCGAUCUGUAUAUAAUAGACUUUGUCCUCUGAGGACUCACGGCUGGCGUCCAAAUGGCCUUGACUGACUCAGGGCAAGACUGAUAUGUCUGUCUGAGAAAGAAGAACAGCAAAACAGCAAAGCUUCAAAGUCCAAUAUUGGUGCAGAUCCAUGAGUGCAUUUGGGCCCCAUUGGAGUCUCUUCCCAACAAUGGCUCUAUGUUAUAGUAUGGCGGUAUCUCUAUAAAUUGUCUUCCCAGUUAAAGGAUCUACUGUUAACUCAAUAAUAUAUCAUGCUGGAUAGCAACAAGCUUAAAAAGGGGGGGGGUUGUUCAAAGUAUGCACAUAAAAUCAAAACCAACAAUGUGAAUAACAGAAAAUAAGCUCUUUUUAUGGUGGGGCGCUUAAAAAAGACUUUGAAUUAUAAUAUGAUAAUAUAUAUAUGGCAAUUAUGAGACUCUUGGACGGUCUAUUGUGGGCCUUUACAUAUUAGUUUAUUGUUCAUGUUUAAUGUUGUACAAGGAGCAAGGUUGGGAGACUGAAAAAAGUUGACAAAAACUGAAUUUGAUGGUUUUAUAAUCAUUGAAACUCUGUAAACUCGAAACUAGAACAAAAACAAAAUUUGAAACAAAAGUGUUGAAACUGCAAACUAAGUUUUAUUGUUUUGCAACCAAAAAAAAAUAAGUGUGCCCGUUUUCAAUUUGAUGCCAGGAACAUGUUUCAAAGAAGUAGAGACAGGGACAGCAAAACAUGGAAAAAGUUGUGCAAUACUCAAAACACCCUUGAGGGGCAUAUCUUAACUUAAUGAGGUUGAUUCGCAACAGGUUUAUAACAUUACUGGGUAUGAAAAGGGCAUUUGGGAGAGGCUGAAGCCUUUAAAGUAUAGGUAGGAAGAGUUUCAGCACUCUGAAGGGCUGCAUGACCAAGAUUUCAAUGAUUUCAAAUCAAUAUUCUUUAUCUUAACAUUUCAAAGAAGUUGAGGAUUUCAUCGCCAAGAGUACAAAAUAUCAUUGCAAUAUUAAGAUAAUCUGGAAAAAAACUCUAUACAAAAAGGGAGGAGGCCUGCAACCAAUACUGAAUACUUAUGAUCUUGCCCUCAAGUGGCACCAGAGUUACAUAAAACACACAACUCUUUAGUAGAAAUCACUGCAUUAGCUCAAUAACAAACAAUUGUCGCAAUCUACUCUACAUGUGCAGGUUACAAUGUACUGUCCAAAGAGGAAACCAUAAAUGAACAGGAUCCAGAUAUGUCAGCAACUUCUUUCACAUUUGGGAAAGUCUCAUCAACACUUAAUAAUUUAGUAUAUAAAGCUUAGGGUGCAAUAUACUGCCACUCAGACAAUGCCUUCUCAUGGUACAGCAACAAGAUGCGAAACAACAUUUUGCAUGUAUUUAAAUAGUUUGGAUCCAAAGUAGAAAAGUUUGUGUACCAAACUGGUCUGCCUGCAGUCCCAGCUUGAUUGAUAGCAUUUGGUACAUUGUGAAACAAAAAUAUGACAAAAGAGAACUGUGAAGCUGCUGAAAUCCUCGAACAAGCAAGAAUGAGACAAGAUUCCCCUUCCCAAACUACAAAAACUGGUCUCCUCAGUUCCUGUGUUUACAGAGUGUUGUUCAAAGGAGAGCUGAUGCAACACAACGGUAAACAUGCCCCAGUCCCACCUUUUUUUUUUAAUAAAUAAAAGAAGCUUCUGACAUGAAAUUUGAAAAUGAACAUAAACUUUUCAUAAAAACAGCACCUUUUUCAAAUUCAAUACUAGAUUUGUCGUGAACGAUUUUUAUUCAAAUUAAUGGUUUAAAUGAUUUGCAUGUGUUUUUGUGAAUUACAACCCUACGCAUUAUAUGCACGGCCAAUAAAGCUGGUUACGAUUAUUAUUCUGUUUCUGAUUAGGUCUGACAACAAGGACACAGAGAUAAACUAAAAUGUUCCAGUUUUUAAGACCCAACUCAGCUCAGGAAAAACUCAGAUUUCUCAGGUUACAUUUUCACAAGGACAUCUGUGACUCUAAACCCUGCAGCGUACACACUCUAAAAAAGAUUAGACUCAACCAGACCAAGUAGCCUGUGCACAACACAGAUGGGGCCAUGGUGAAGACAGUUUGUUCCUGUGUGUGUGUGUGUGUGUGUGUGUGUGUGUGUGUGUGUGUGUGUGUGUGUGUGUGUGUGUGUGUGUGUGUGUGUCUUGCGUCUGGACAGUCAGAAAGAAAGAAGAGAAAAUCCCCUCACAGUGAUGUUUCAGAACUGAAGCGUAACUCAUCUCCUUUGAUUCAUUUUCUUUUAUAGAAAUAUUUACUCUUUAACUGCAUUAUCAAGUGUUUUUAAUCCUUUUGUCUUGACUUUACAGACCUGAAGUCAUGACAUAUGUAAGUCAUGCAGUUCAGAUAUGUUAUACAUUCAAAGCUCUGUUUUAAAUCCUAUGUAGAAUAUAAACUUUGAGCAGAAACUCAGGCUUCUUCUAGUUAAAAGCUGACUUUUAUUUUAUGUCAAGGUAAGUGAGUGUACAUGCAUUGAUUUAGUUUGACACAACUUAUAAAUAAUUUUACACUACACUUCCAGCAAAAUGCUCUCCAAGCCCGAGUCAAAUGAGGUACCUGUCAAGGGCAUUGACAUUGUAUGACACUGAGUGGAGUAAAGUGGGACUUAAAUACCCAUGCCCUAAAUAAAGGUUGAUGGGCCUCAGAUAAAAAUACAGUUUUUGAUCUCUAAGUGGGCAGAUAGUUGAAUUGAACCCUGAUGUUGGGGAAUGAGGUUUGAUUUAUGGGGUGAAGACCUUAAUGCUCCACUAAUUACAAGGAUUAGUGGUGUAGUCGUAAGCCCUUACGCAGUGCAGCAGUAGACCUUGGGUUUGAUUCCUUACAGGGCGUUUUAUUUGACUAUCACUGUGUGAUGGAAAUACAAACACCUCAACAGUAACAAAGAUUGGCGUGCAGCCUCACAGUAAGAAGGCUGCAGGGUCGAUAUCCUCUAGCCUUGGUAAUUCAACAUAAUGAAAUAAAAGAAGUAUUCUUUGAUAGGCAAGCGCAGCAGCAUGGUGGUGUGCGAAACAUAUUUCAUUCAUUCAUUUCUUGACUGUAUGAGAAAAAGGAAAUAGCAGCAGAGUAAAAGGAGAAAACGUAAUAUACCUCCUUUCACCUCAAAGGGGAUAGAGGGUGAGGGGGUGAUCAAAAUGUGUUUCUUCAUUUCCUGAGCUUUCAGGAAAAGUCUUUCUCCAUGUGCUGCACUGUCCCAAGUAGUCUGCGAAUCAUGACCUGAUACAACCCCACCAUACUCGUUUUUUUAUGGGGGGGUUCACACAUACUGAGCUCAAUUUGGAAAAUCAGAGUCUUGCACUUUAUAUCUUUGGAUUCACUUUUAAAAAGCUGAAUUGGAACAAUGAUGGUAACAAAGCACAGAGAACUGGAGCUGACAAGGACGGCAGCUUUUGACUCAUCUAUAGGCAAGUUGGGGUCUCCAUCAGGUUUAGGAUGAAGGCUCAACACAGAACGACAGAGAUCAGGUUUGGAGACUCAGCGUUGGACAACAAGGCAGGUUAAUGACAGGAAAGAGAGCACGGUUGGACUGGACAUGAAGAAUGAAAAGUUUGGUUUUCUAGUUUAGAGGAAAGCUAAAAGCUUGAUUUUCUUGAAGUAGGAAAACUGAUUAAUGGAAACCUCUCUCACUCUGAAUGCAAGGAGGCUCUGGAGAAGAAGUCGAUGGACACAGGAGGCUGAGCACAGCAAUAGGUGUAUGUGUCUGUCUGAGUCUCUCUGUGUGUGUUUGUGUAGCAUCCUGGUAGGAUGGCAGUGGCUUGAAUAUCAGCUGUGGAGGUUUCCACUAAAUGAUGAUGUCCUUUUAGUUGUAAACAUUACUUUUCCAUAUUAUAGCUAUUAUAUGGAUAACUAUAAUGACAUAUAGCAAAAACAAAUUUAAAAAAAAUUAUUUUAAUAUACAUUUCUGCUUCAUGUUGCCAUUUUAAAUGUUUUUAACAAACCAAACAGCUUGGAAAUCAUGUGCAAUUUAACGAAGGGCAUUUCUGCCUCUCCAACUGAUGUAAAAUUGCUGGGUCAACCUUGUAAUACGUAUUUGGUCUCACUCACAGCGAGUCUGUUAGCCUAGUUAGACAGCUAAUAAACACAAGCACAUCCACAAAGACUGUCACUUAGACAAAAAAAUAUAGGCUGCCAUACAAGAAAUAAAAAUCUUGAUUGUGGUCUCAGCCUUGACAACUUGCGCAAAGCUACUCAAAAGUUAGCCC